AACCUCGGAUUCCACUAGCAAUGUCUAAAUUGGUAAGCGAGGCGACGAAAUCCUACAUCUUGCGGCCACCGGUGGUGCCCGUGGAGAAGAAAUGGCUCUUCAAACAGGUGCUCGUUAGUCUCGAGCAAGGAGUGCCUCCACAAUUGAACUUGGCCACCUCUUCGCUCGGUCGCGGAACGGCCAAGAUGCUGAACUACCUCGCCAUCGCCCAGCAACGGGCCCAGGAUCUUAGUGUGGAAUAUGGGCUGAAAGAGAAAUUAACUGGCGUUUGCAUGCUGGCCGCGAAUGCAGUAUGUUCCGUGAAGAACUUCAUCGUCCAGAAGCAGUACCGCCACAUUGACCGUCUCAUCGACCGCGGGCUGCUUGCCGUGGAGGACCGUUUAAGGACGAUUCGCGAACGGCAGUUUUCCGUGGAAACGGACGAGGCGGAUCGUAGUCCGCAGAGCUGCACCAUGGUAACGAUUAGGCACAAUCAGUUCCAACAGGAAGUGCAAAAGCUGAAACUGAUGCCCGGAAACGGUUUUUAGAGAGA